CGGGCGGGAGCGCGGACUCUACAGCGGCUGUCUCGGCUUCAUUGGGCUCGGGGAGUGCUGCGAGCUCAGCGUCGUCAUCCGAACUUUGAUGGUCGAGACGAGCAUUGAUCAUUGUACUGCUGCGCCGCGGCCGCCCCCGAAAUCUGCCGGUACAGUUUGUAGUUCCUCCUUCUCUUCAAAACUUGUGUCAAGCAAAGUAAAGAGUGAACAAGAUGAUGAGGAUCUUCAUGCAGUAGAAGCCCAGCAUCAACGACAACUCUUCCCUCCUUCACCACGAGAUCGUCGUGGCCCAGACGCGGUGCAGCACAGGCGCCAGGAUGUCGUGGUCUUCACCGUCCGAGCCAACGCUGGGGGAGCGGUCACCGUGCUGUCAGAUGCCAGUGACGAGUACGAUGAAAUGUUGCUCAAAGGGCGCGUACUGCAGCAGGUGACUUCGUUGUGGGCGAGCACGAUGAAAAUGAAAUGCGAGGACGACCCGCCUUCGUUUCCGUGUGGAACUACAAACGGAAGAACUACAAGUAAUCAUCAUCAAGGCCAUGGUCGACUCAAGCUCAAAUACGUGGACUGCCGCCAUCAACGAGAAGUACGAGGACGAGAGGAAGGAGAGGGCAUGCAUUCCCAUUUCUCCAGCGGGACGAGGACGAAGCGGGAAGAUGAAGUAGAUGAGGUGCAGACCACCAAACAAGAAUUAUGCCCACGACCAGUUGUAUCGUCCCCAUGUUGCGGUAUUUUCACCACACUGUUGUUUCUGUACUUUCCGCAAAAUGCCUCGUCUUUCGUCCCUUUUCUUCGCGACCACUGGGCGCGCCUCUGCGAGGGGGCCCGCGGAACGCUUCCCGAUCCACUCCGCACGCCGGAAGCACUCUUGGACGCAAUCAAGAAGACAGCCCUCUCUCAGAUUGAAGAAGAUCGUAGGAGAAAAAUCGCCCCCCAACGGGCAGUCGUUGGCGAUGAUAACGACGACAUGACAAAAACGAAAAGAAAACCUGAUGAGGAACAGUCAGUUGCAUUGCUCCCGCAAGUGCGUGCUUUUCGAGUAAAGGUAUCGGUCUUGGGGUCUUCGUUUCUUCAAUCGGACUCAGUCGCAGGUGCGGAAAACAAGGAUGCUGGAACAAGGGUUGUUCUACGAAGUGAUGCAUCUGCGGGCGUGGUCGACGUGGAAACUGAUGGAUCUAGUGCAAGAAACAUCGCGAUGAGAGGACAUCAGCAUGCGGUGACAUCAAACGGGAUGAAAAUCGAAGCUUUCCCAGUACCGCAGUCCGGUCUGCCGUCCGCAUGGGAUGUCACCGCGAUUUUUCAACUGAUGUGCUUUGCAGCAUCGCAGAACAAGUCUUCUGAUUUUUCUUGUGCUGAUAAUAUAGAUGCUCUACUUUUGGAGAUGUGGUAUAGAUGUACAGAACCUUCGACCAGCGGUAACGGAAGAGUGAGUCAAAGGCGCCGAGAAAACUGCUUUGAACCUGAAAAUAAACGCUCUCCCCAAGAACCUCGUACUGGGUUUAUGAGGGUAGCGCUCGACGUGAGUCCAACACGGACCGAUCGGUAUGAAAUGUACAGCAAGGCACUAGAAGGCAGGCCGCUCUACGACCGGAGUCUGCAGCGAGUGCGAGAUGAAAUACUGAAUCAGCUCCCUCGUCGUCGACACGAGAAAGAAUGCAGAACCGGUGGAAAUGAUAAUAACGAUGACGCAAAUGGUCUGCGUGGUAGUGGGAAUGAUAGUUCAAGUAGUUCGAAAGCCGAAGGAGCCAAAACAAGCGGAAGCCAGCCUGAAGGGGCUAUGGAGGAUGUCGAUGAUCAGGCCACAAAUGCAACGCUAAGCGCUUCUCAAGAAAUAGAAUCUGCUCUCCUGUACAACUUACGUGGCGAGGUGACGGAACUUACCAUUGCCAACGUGGCUUUUGAGAUUCGUCCCGGUCUCUGGAUAACGCCGCCAUUGCGUAGUGGUCUCCUGCCUGGAAUAUCGCCGGAUAAAUUGCCAUUUUCAGCGUCACUGCUUUCCCAUGGCAAUGUCUGCAUGCCAUAAUGAACCAAGAGCAAGAACAACUACAUAAAGAAAUUGCCGUUCUAUGUCUGAUAUGAAGACAGCGAGUACCUCUUCAUGAUAUGGUAUGCAUUUGUUUGUACUUAUAUUAUUGUUUACUUUUACAUGCUUUUAGAUUCUCGUCCCUCUCGCUCUAGCGCAUGCAUGAUACUGAAAAAUUGCGAAUUGCUGACGAUGGAAAUGAUUUUACCUAGGAUGGUGGGUUGUUCGAUCCCAUUUGCUGCGGUUACAACUUAUUCGAGAACAGGUUCUUACCGUCGGCGACCUGUGCAGGAGCGCAGGUUGGGAUGGGAACGCGGAAAGAACUGCUGGAGGAAACCGAAACUGCGAUACAGCUAGGCCACGGCAGUUGCGCUGCGUUGCCUUCAACGCCUUUCGUGGCAUUUUUCCCGUGAGACUAGACGUACAAGUGCACAUGAACAAACGCCAGGCUUUGGCUUGAAAGGAAUUUGCGGCUCCUGCGUAGUUUUUUGUUGAGCUUUUAU